AUGUUCACGAAAAUGCAGAAAUACUAUGGCAUGCCAGACAAUCGACAUCAAUCUUGCCUGCGUAAACGGAUGUUGCACAAGGAACCGAAUCCACUGUGUGAUGGGCGUGAAGCAUCAGCUGGCUAUUGCCGAGCUGGUGGAGUUUGUGCGUCUGGCUUCACAUGUACAGGAAACAAUGUGUGUUGCCGAUGUGCCUAUGGAACCAGCAUCGGGCCUUGCGUGAACCAACAGUGUCCAGACAACUUCCAGUGCAACAUCAACAACGAGUGCUGUCCUUAUCAAAUGGGAAAAUAG